CUCGAUUGUAGCUGUAAUCUCGCGAUAGUUUGUAUCCUAGCAACGCAUUGUUUACAGGAAGCGAAGAGGGAAUUAGCUAAGAGUCAAGCUAACUAAAGCGCGUAUUUAAUAGUGUUACUACAAAUACAGAAAACAGUUUUAACCAGUGGGAACAUAAUAGUGCUAAAUAAAUGAUGCCGGUGGCUUAAUGGAGCCUUUCCAGCGGCAGCAGAGUGUAUGGAGCCUGAUAAAGGAGUGUGUGCCAGAGCCCGAGCUUCCUGAGAUAAGGGCUAUAAUCGGGGAUGCUCUCAUAGACAUGUACAAAGAAACCUACAGUGAGCAUCAGUCAAUCCUUCUCAUGAGGAGGUGCUUUACAUGCCACUGUAAGGUUCAGAUGUGGGAGCAGAUGUGGCAUGAGGUGCAUGAUGGGAAAUCCCAGAUGCCCCAUUUCUCUCUUGCUGACCCUCCAGCUAUUAAAGAGCUGCUGCGUUCAGAGCUCCAGCUGCUGCUGCUUACUUUGAGACAGGGAGCCACAACACUGGGCAGAGAUGGAGCUGAAGUCAUGUCCCGGUACAGUCCCCGAGUGGUGAACUAUGCACUCAGUACAGAAAGACAGCAAAGUCCAGACAGCAUCGGAUGUACAACACCAACAAGUAGACCUGAGUCCAGCAGGUCAAGCUCAAGGCUUUCGUCUCACUCCAGCAUCGAAGAAGAAAUACAAGCUCUGUGGCACAAACUGAACAUCACCCAUAUAAACGAAGUUGUGUCCCAUCUACGGUCAGUUCUUACAGCGGAGUGUGAAGUGCUGAAAAAUGAUGUUCAGUUGCUGCAGGAGAGCGUGGAGUUGGAAUAUCUGAAGCAGAGCGGCUUCAUGGAGCCCAGUCUUACAGAGCUGAAAAAAGAACGCCGACUUAUCCAGCAAGACCUGGAAGCCCUGAAUUUGAUGAUUGAAUCCACAAGCACAGAUAAGCUGAAGUCUGAGGUUUCUCAGAUCGCCAGCAGGGACAUGAAGUUGACAGGUUUGGCAAGUGACUCAGAGCAGAAGCAGUCUUUAGUCUCACCUACAACAGGUGUUCUUCAACCAAAGCCUCCUUCAACUGAAGCACCAUCACAUGAUAACAGAACCAGGCACAGAAUUCCUCUCAAGGCUACACAGCUUUCAGGGUCGUCCUCAAAAAGUGCACAGUGUCAGGGACUGGAUUUGGGGAACUCACAUGUUCACUCAGUGCCACAGAUAAGCUCUGCUUCUUCUUCAGGUACAGCACAGAGUUCUCCAAGUGAGUCAAAAACGCAGAGUCAGAAAUCUGUACAAUCUGCAAACUGUAGACUUAAAAAUGGAACACUGGCUGGGCAUUUAGGAGCUGCACCUAUAUCGUCAGUACCUGCCCCACCUCCUGCAGGGCAGAACGGCAGCAGCAGGGGGCAGAGGGUGGGCAGACGCCUGUCACGUCUUCAGACAGGAAACAUGCUCAAUGCUACCUGAACCCACCAGCUCCAUAUUAGCAGAGAUAAGUACUGUACUUACAGUGAAGUUUGAAUGAAAUACACCAUGUUUACAUAUUUAUUUUAAUUCCACAAAAGGACACACAGACAGUUGAUCUUUAAAAUAAACUUUAUUUACCAUUUGAAAUUGAACCAUUUAAGAUACACAGCUGACAUGACUA